AUGGAGCCAAAACCAGGCCUCUCGGCCGUCUCGUCUUCUUCCUCUCUGGCCGCGAUGAUCAAAGAAGAACUCCAAGAAGUCGUUCCGCAAGUGAAACCCCGCCAUUUUGUCUUUGCCUACGGAUCCCUCAUUUGCCGCAAAUCCCGGGCCAUUACGGCACCCACAUUGGCCGACAAGGAAGCCAUUCCGGUUCAAAUUCAAGAUGUCGAACGCAUGUGGGCCAAACGAACCCAACGAGGCAUGACGGCCAUGGGAGUCCGCUUUCGUCCCGGGGCCGUAUGCACCGGAGUGCUCUUGCCUGUGACCGACUCGGAGCUCAAGCGCUUUGAUCAACGUGAAAUGGGCUACGAUCGCUAUCCAAUUCCAUUGGAAAACGUCGAGGAAGUGCCGUUUUUGGUGAAACAAAAGCACUACGAAAAGAUGGACUAUGAGCUGGCCGACGUCGUCUUUGAUUCGACGACGGAGAAUGAACCGGAGGAGCUAGACAAUAAUAACCAAACAGAAGUCUUUGUGUGGAUCUAUGUCCAACGAUACGACUGCCCUGCCAACGAAGACUUCCCCAUUGCCCAAUCCUAUGUGGAUAUCAUUUUGCGUGGUUGCAUGGGCAUUUCCAAAGACUUUGCCCGCUCCUUUAUUGAAACCACCGUCGGGUGGACUCCAGAAGAAAUCUAUGGCGAAGGCAAUGACGACGAUCCCGUCAAUGACUCGGAUGAAGAAGAAGAAGAGGUAGACGAUGACAAGGAAACGGUUCCUCCUGGUUGCGUCCCUCGUGACAGUGGUAGCAAAAUAAUGGUCGAGCCAGAACCGGAAGAAGGUCCCACGUGGGUGGAUGAUCGCGACGAACCAAUCUACAUGCGGGCGGACCCAGUGUAUUCGGAAAAGAAAGCCGAUAUGAUUGAUCAGCUGUUGGAAGAUCACGUUCCGGAACAGUUGGACAACCGAGAACCAGUCAAUGACGACGAUGAUAAUGAAGGAUCAGUUGACGACGGAGGUCUUGCCUAG